UCUGCUGUGGACGAGCAAGGGACUUCACACCAGCUCAUGCCAUACUUCCCGGCUGAUUGGCAUACACAACCCCAACUGCAGUCUCAAAUCCAUAUGUCUCCCAGGCUGUCAGCUAAUGCGACGACCACACGCACAGCCAAAUUUGCAAGACCACAGGGAGAUUUGUGCAUCAUGCUCACACCACUCACACCUAGGCCUCACCCUUUAGAUGCAUACUUGGUCUACACACCCGAGUGGGACGACAGCACCUGCCUGGAGACACAUGCAAACAUUCGUAAGAGGUGUGAGGAGAAUGCUGGGACCAAGAGCUGGCUAAGCGGCAUGCGGGCAGCACUGAAAUGGCUGAAGACCACCGUGCUCAACGCAUCUGAUGGAGCGCCGAAGAAGUUCUACUUGAGGCAGGAGAACUUCUUGGAGAUUGAGGCGACGUGUAAGUACAACGAGGAGGAGGACAGCGACACUUGGAGUGUCUCCUGGUUUAACAUCAAUGGCAAGUCUAGAGGUGGCUCGCUGGAAGGGUUCACAGUCGGCGUGAAUGUGCCUGUGGCUUUCUUCAUUAUCUCAGCAGAAGGCACCUUGCAACUUCUUAGUAAGCCCAUUCUUCAGUGA